GCGCCUUUCUCGACCAGCAUUCAAAGUUCAAAGCCUGCUGCCCGAAUUCGCAGUUAUCUGCCAAGUCAUGUGAAUCUGAGCAAUCUGGACUGUGUACAUUUAGACACAAAUAGCUCAUUCCUUUUGUUGACUGCGGUUAUUUCUGGGAUUCCGUUUGGUCUGGUAUACUAAUCGGAAUCACAUAUUGGUCACCACACCACAACAAGGGAAUCCUCGAUCGGAAGCAUUACUCAUCUCAGAGGACUAUCCCAAACGCCAAAAAUACGUGACUCAUCCGAGGAUCUGCGUAAUCAAAGUUGAGGGACUGGUCUGUUGUACUGUGGCACAAUGCCAAGCCCGUGCUGAUGCGGACCUUCGUAGCUUCCGCUCAUGGUCCUGGGGUGAAUAUAUAAACCUGGUCCAUAGUUGAACCCCGGUAGAAUUGUUUCCCUCAGCUGGUAUCCUUGCAGCGGUAUUCGUGAUUUGAGCUGAACAGCUGUGUUUGUUGUUGGUUUUCAUCGUUGAAAAUAAAUCUCCAUGGAUACCGAGGCAAACUUGGAACCACUUAUCAUGCCCAUCGUUGACGGUGCCUGGGAUCAACCUAACUACGAGAUGGCGGCUACCAGCCUAGCAACAGAAGUUGCUGCUGCAGCAGUUACAACGACUGCAUCAGAAUCAGCAAUAUCAGCUGACGGAUUUGAUCAGUCUACCAGCCCACCCCACAUGAACAGAAUGGAAACUGAGGGAAACUUGCUGCAGCACACUAUGUUAAGAGAGGAACUUCGUGUGAAUAUCAUGCACAGACGGUUACAGAAGGGGCUGGGAGCUGUGCAACUGGAAUGGAGGUUUGCCAAGUCAGACAAGCUCACGCCAGAAGAGGAACAAAAGAGAAGACUCAGACGGGAGAGGAACCGCGUGGCUGCCUCAAGAUGUCGGGAGAGAAGAAGAGAAAAGACCUUCGUCUUGGUCACAGAGACUGACAAGUUAGAAACCAGUAAUCAAGAGCUAAUGGCGGAGAUUCAACAGUUGGAGACAGAAAGACAAGAGUUAAUGUCAAUCCUAGCUGCCCAUCAGCAAACAUGUGGCUGCAGUCCACCCGUUUUGACUCCAAGCAUAGAAGAUCUACACAUUGACCCAUGACUUGCAGCUAACUGAACUUGAACUAGACGAGGAAACCCGCAUAUAGACCAGACAUUUUGUAUAUUGUCCAUGAUGAAACGACGAGAGUCGUCCCAUAUAUAUAUCGUGGAUACACAUGCAUGGAUUAAUGACUCUCCAACGCUGAGUGUUAGAGGCUGUGAAUUAUAGAAGCAGAGAAACUUGUGUUAAUCCACCCAUCUGUUCAUCGUGGAUUGCGAUCGAUAUAACAACUAAAUUUGAACUUUAUCGGGGAUCUGUGUUGUGUAAUCUUGAAACCGACCAGAAGCAAAAAACAAAUGUGCCAGAGAUCUUGGACUGGGUGUGUUGACCUGUGUGUCAUAAACUUCAGUGCACAUCUUUAAGGAAGGUUGAUCCCGUUCUCCUUUUCUGCAAUAGGAGAUCUUUGGAUCUCUCAAAGGCUUUUGACAUUGGGUUCAACCUCUUUGGUUUUUCUUCCCGGUUCUGUUUGUUACCGAUUGCAAAAUUACUAUUGCAACUGCUGCUGUCACGAGAAAAAAAGCGUUUAGGCGCUGAGUGUUAUCACAGAAUAAGUGAAUUUAGGAUACCAUCUUCAAAAUAUAGCGGACUAGCCCAGUCUCCAUUCCCCUGCAGAGUUCCCAUAGACAUGUUCAGUUCCAUAGUUGAUCGAGAUAUUACUGCCUACAUACUGCAACUUGGAGAGGGGACUGGGUCCAAGUCUAGGGAUGGACCAUUAUUAUUUUGUGUGGACGUCAAUUUUUCACGGGAAAUCAUGGCCUUGCCUAUCCCACCCCUUCCGUGGAAUCUUCAGCCACAUCCAUCUUUACUAUACUCAAGUUCACCUAAAAUCUUAAUUGUUGCGAGAAACAAAACCGUUAAGGUUAGGCACGGAGAUUAUGUCCUGUUUACAUAUCCUUAAGAUCAAUACAUAUUUGCCAGUGCAAGUCUUUCAUUUACAACACACUGUAGGAACUGUAUAUUUUGUGAAAUAAAAUUUCCUGUCAAUUGUAAACAAACCGACAUUAUUUUGCAUUUUGUGAAAUAAAGAUGGAUAAAAUUAA